AUGUCGAGCAGUACUAAGACACUUUCUCAAACAUAUGGCCCACGCCCGCAGAGUUUCAGUCUCGACGAGACUGGCGAGAAAUACUACAUCGGUUCUGAAAUCGGUGCCUACUUGCGACUACAUCGUGGAACGCUGUACAAAAAAUAUCCAUUGCUUUGGAGAAAAGUAGCUACUUCCGAUGACAAAGACAAACUGAAACAAAUAGCGAUGUCAAAUGCUUUUCUUCACACCAAUAUCAUGCUUUUAAAAGCUCAUGAAGUUGAUGAACUUUUGGACGGGUCCGAAGAAAAAUAUCGUGCUGCUGGAGCUGCGCCGUCAACUCCUCGAACUGAAGGAGUUUCUCGAACAGUAACGAAAACUCCUGCUGCCGCUUGGGGUGGACAACAAGUUACGAGUGGUUCUCAUCAUCUGGAAUCAGUUCCAUGUUCCUGUCCAAUUGCUCACUCACGCGGCCGCAUGAAGCAUCGUGAGCUGGUCUACUCCGCAGAAGAUUUGGAAAUGUCGAAAAAAGUCAUGGAGAACGCCGAAGAAGGGGAAGAUCUCGUGCCCAUUCGGUUAGAUAUGGAAUUGGAGGGAAUAAAACUUCGCGACACUUUCUGUUUCAAUAGAAACGAAAAAAUGGUCACUCCAGAAAUGAUAGCUGAAAUUAUGUGCGAAGACCUUGACCUUCCGGUUGCCGUCUUCCAGCCGGCGAUCACAGCUGCAAUCAAUCAGCAGCUUGAAGCAUCUACGGAGGCUCCUCCGCUUGAUCCCAACACGUGCGAUCAAAGAGCAGUACUGAAAUUGAAUAUCAAUGUUGGAAAUCAAAGUCUUGUAGAUCAGUUUGAAUGGGACAUGUCAGAUCCACAAAAUAGUCCCGAAGAGUUUGCACGGAACAUUUGUAAAGAGCUCGGUCUUGGUGGUGAAUUCAUGUCUGGAAUUGCGUAUUCUAUCCGUGGACAGUUACAAUGGAACCAAAGAACGUAUGCGUUUUCGGAAAGUCCUCUUGCCACUGUUGACUGUCCUUUCAGGACAGCAACAGAAGUGGAGUCGUGGGGUCCAUUCCUUGAAACUUUGACUGACGCUGAAAUCGAAAAGAAAAUGCGCGACCAAGACAGAAACACCAGAAGAAUGCGCCGCCUUGUCGGUGGAGGAUUCAAUUAUUAA